CUCGUAAUUAGAAGAGGCGAUGGCUUCCGGGGAUACGGCCGCCAUCGAUACCAUCGACGUAGAGUCGGCACUGUCUACGAAAAAUUCCGAGUAUACCAGCAGCAGCAAGGACCAGCAACUGGAACUAGAUGAAUAUGGAAAAUUCAUCAAGGACACACCGGGAAAAUUCAUCAUGGCAGACGGGAUGUCGGGCGAACAGUCGUUGGCCUCUCGGCCACACCGGCCGAAAUCGGACAAGGAGCGCAAAAUUGGUCAUCGGCGAGUUGGCGAGGGCGGUGAAAUUACGUACAAAAAAAUCCAAACCACCACCAUCAUGGGUUCGAUCCAGCUUGGAAUCCAGCAUACGGUCGGAAGCUUGGCAUCGAAACCCCGGCGCGAUUUGUUGAUGAUGGACUUUUGGGAGCUGGAAACGAUAUCCUUUCCACCGGAGGGAUCCAGCAUGACACCCGCGCACCACUACAGCGAGUUCAAGUUUAAAAUCUACGCCCCGAUUGCGUUCCGGUACUUUCGCGAUCUGUUUGGCAUUCAACCGGACGAUUUCAUGAUGUCUAUGUGUUCUGCGCCACUUCGGGAGCUAUCGAAUCCUGGUGCAUCCGGUUCGAUCUUUUACCUGACGGACGACGACGAAUUUAUCAUUAAAACCGUGCAACAUAAAGAAGGAGAGUUCCUCCAGAAGCUGCUGCCAGGGUACUACAUGAAUCUGAAUCAAAAUCCCCGCACGCUGUUACCGAAGUUCUUCGGCCUGUACUGCUAUCAAUGCAAUAGUAAAAACGUUCGAUUAGUCGCUAUGAAUAAUUUGCUUCCCUCCUAUGUUAAAAUGCACCUCAAAUACGAUCUCAAGGGAUCGACCUAUAAGCGGAAGGCAAACAAAGCGGAACGCUCGAAAUCCUCUCCCACAUACAAGGAUUUGGAUUUUAUGGAGCACCACCCGAACGGACUUUUUCUCGAAGCAGAAACGUACAGUGCGCUGAUCAAGACGAUCCAGCGGGACUGUCGGGUGUUGGAAUCGUUUAAAAUUAUGGACUACUCGCUGCUCGUCGGCGUUCAUAAUCUCGAUUCGGCUGUAAAGGAAAAACAAGAGGCUGCUGCAAAGGCUAGGUCAGAGGGCGAAUCGGAUUACGAGGACGCACCGGAAGCGGAUCAGUACAUGGUGCAAGAACGAGAGGAACAGCGAACGACGGCACUCAACCGCAGCAGGCACACAACCUACGGAAAGAUGCUGAUUAGGUCUAUCAACAGGCAAAGGCUUGUUGCGCAUUCGACAGCAAUGGAAAGUAUUCAGGCUGAAAGUGAACCAAUCGACGAAGAGGAUGAUGUUCCUCCUGGUGGUAUUCCGGCGCGUAGCGAGAAAGGUGAACGGCUGUUGCUCUUCAUUGGUAUCAUAGAUAUUUUACAAUCGUAUAGGCUAAGGAAAAAACUCGAGCACACGUGGAAAAGUAUCAUCCACGAUGGUGACACUGUGUCGGUGCAUCGGCCUUCCUUCUAUGCACAACGUUUUCAGGACUUUAUGGCCAAAACCGUUUUCAAGAAAAUUCCUUCACUGGAUCUGCCCGAGAUCAAAGGCAAUCAUAGAAAAUUUCGCACGUUGGUCACCAGCUACAUAGCGCUAAAACAUUCACCAUCCAAGAGAAAAAGUUUAUCGAAAGCCGCACAGAGAGCAAAAAAUGAAGAAACAGAUAGUCAACCGGUAGCUGGUAGUUCCCAUCAACAUCAUCAUCAAAAUCAGCAAUUUAAUCCAACGCAGACGCAUUUCAAUCAACAAACGACGGGGACACCAAAAUCAGAUGUAGAUACGUCUUCUAGUGUGCAUACGGCGGCUACUAUAACAACGACUUCAAGUAGCAGUGCUACUGCCGCAGGUGCAGGUGGUAAUGGUAAAACUGGUGGCAGCCUUGCAACAGGAAUGACCAGGGCUGGAGGUGGCGGCAGUGCCACCGUGACACCCACUAACAUGCCACCCCUGAAGAAGAAAACGACGGUCGUUAAGCAAAGCGUUCCACCCCCGGUUCCACCUCGUGGCUCGCCAAAAUUCAACAAAGCGAGUGGUGCGGGGUCGGGUCGACCCGGGGGUGUAUCCGGUUCGUUGCCAAGUCAGUCCAGCGGCCAACGGGGACGAUCCAGCGCAGGUAGACAACAACGGUCAUCACCACGUGACAAUCAAACCUGGAGCCACAAUAGUGCGGUAGCGGCCGAGCGCAGAGAUGACAAGGACGACUCCACUCAGCCACGAUCGACAACGCUUGAUCCACUGCAUGAAAAUGAAGCAGCUGAGCAACAGCUGCUUCCGUCCCCGAAUAAGGUGCUCAGUUGGCUUAGCAGUAAUGACUUUGGUGUGUCUGAGAAUGGUGACCAUCUGACGGAGCAUCUUUGUGGGACAAACAAUUCCAAUAGUCAUAACAUAAAGGGUGGCGCCAACCGACAAGAAGUAGCUAUCUCCGAAUUUUCUAUUUCUGUACCCAAAGUGGUUGCCGUUAAGCGAAAACCCCUGAAUGGUAACGGGCUGACAAGUAGCGUUAGAGAAAGAACUAAAACGUUCGAAAGAUUUUCCAGCCGCAACGGGAGUGGUUCCUCAGUGCAGCAAAUAAUUAGAAAUUACGAGCGAUCUGCUGCUUCGGCGACGGUUGGUCGAUCCGAGUCGAUGUACUCCCGGGUUCCUUGUCAUUAUUCCUCAAAAGAGCCCAGAAUCUUACCACAUCGCACCGUAAAACCAUUGUCGCCAACAAUACCCAUUAUCACAGAAACACUCGUGGAAGACGAGAAUAAUAACAAAUGCAUUUCUGAUGCAGAACCGGACAGCGGUUGUGCUCAAACGUUUGUUCCCAUGGCGCAGUUGUUGGAGCAAAACGAGGAUCUAACAAUGCACGAGAACGAUCAGUUGGUACUGGCGAAUUUAAAAAACGUUGUUAAAUCACGAUGCGAAAUGUUCAACGUCACACCUCGGUCAACAAUUGAAAGGAAACCGCCUAGCACCUCGAUACCGAAUGGUGGCAUAACCCUGAACACUGGAUCCUUGGAUAGACAUAAGAACCAAUACUCGACAGGACAUUCGAAGUCACCGAAAGUAAAACUCUCACGCUCGGUGAACACACAAGGCAAAGAUCGACAAUCGGAUCGACGAUCGGAUCAGGAAGAGAUUCAAAGAAAAAUUGAAGAAAUUGAGGCGGAAAUUCGCCAGAACGAGGAACGACUUAAACGAAUGCCAUCCAGGCGACGAUUAUGCAAGAAGGAGGCAAUUAUAACACCACCACCUGCACGUGUCACCGAAGAGCGUGCCUUUGAGUUUGGACGAACUCCUUGCCGUAACGACAGCUUUCUGUCCCUGUUGAAACCGAAAACACGUCGAAACAGUAUGCUUCCAAAUGGCCUAAUUGACGACAUGGUAACAGCUAAUGUAAACGUUGCAACGACGACAACGGGUCGACAUGACGAUGCAUUCCUUCGACAGCAAGAAAAAGCUUCGAUUAUCCGACAAAUCGGGCUACCACUGGACGAAAACCAUAAUCUGGAGAGCUACCUGGAACAGUUUAGCUUAGAAGGAGAGUUUGUGUAA